AUGGAUUGCCAAUGUAUGAGAAGAGAUGUCCUCAUUGUAAAUCCAACCAGCUCUAAUCAAGUUGAUCCCGAAUCUUCGGAGUCUGAAAAAAGACUAAAGAAAUGGUAUUCUCAAAAUCCAUCGGAGACGGUAAUAGCAACCAGUUUUAUAAUCAGGACACCCGAUAAUAUGCCCACAACUUUGAAGAGAAAUGGAAGCGACAACUCUGCCUCUAUAAUGGAUGCUCUUCUCAGUGCUCGUCAAGUCACAAUCUGGACUGAUGUGCACGGAGGUUACAGUGCAGACCCAAGAAAAGGUCAGGUGGAGAAUGAACUAGAAUCCUCUAGAGAAGAAUGUGAGGUCCUCAGGGCACGAUUGAUGUGUUUAGAGCAAGAUAUAAAAUUUGAGAAGAAAUGCAGUUUGGAGAAAUCUAUAGAUAUAGAUAAACUGAGAAAUGAGCUAAAAUUAGCUGAACACAAGAGUAACCAACUUGAGCAAAUGUUGAAGUCGAAGUUGGAGAUGCUCGCUUUGGAUUUCCAGCAUGCUCAGGAGAAGGUGAAUAAGGGUCACAAUGAUGAAGUUAGCAAUAACAUUGAAAGGGCAAAGCUUAGAAUGAGGCUGAAAUGGACACAAGCGCAUUUAGAUGCCUUACGUCGAAGAUACAGGGAAGCAGUGCAGGAAUCUGAAAACAUGAACAAGCAGUUUGAGGAGGCUUCAGCAAACCUUAAGGAGCGGUUGGCUUUGAAAGGAAUUGAAGUUCUCAACCUUAAGAAGCAGCUAGCUGCUGCAAUGGGUCAAUAA